CUGCUUGUUAUUUUUUUGUUCAUCCUUCCAAACCAGUUUUUACUCGCUCCUUCCUUCUCUUUUCACUUCUGCCAGUUCCCCCUUGUCUUCUACCUAUUGUUCAACGCCUACAAAAAAAAUUUUUUCUGUUCCGUCUUUUUUGUAUAUUUUUAUUUUUAUUUCUUCUAUUUUUUCCUCACUUUGCUCUUUUUAUACCUCUUCAACACUUUUUAUAUUUAUUUUUAUUUAUGCUAUUUUUGGGCUUUUGUUUGCAGUUCUUCUCCCUCCCGUUGUUUUGGUUAAUUGCUUUGAUUGUCUUUUUUUGUUUUGUUUUUGGGAUUUUAUUAUGAGGAAAAAUAAGUAGAAAAUUAAAAAAGAGAAUGAAUGGGAAAAAUAAAAAUAUUAAAUGAAAAUAAAAAUUAAAAAAAUUCUAAUUAGGAAGAAAAUUAAUAAAAUUGGUAGGAGCGUUAAAGGCGUGAACGACGUUUGCGCGCAGCGUUAUAACUCGGCCAAGGGUAAAGGUAAUGACUUGAAAUUUUGUUCAGACAUUUCCAAGAGGCUUAUCUAUCACUCCUAA